CACUGCGUGACGUCACUCCGCCAGCGCCGGAAGGGAAACAUGAAGUGUUCGCGAUAAGACGUCUGAGACCCGAUUGUAGAGCCGAUUUGUCGCCUAAAUAAAACAGAACAAUGGCGCUCUCCAGUCCACAGGUUAUCGAAGAGAACACAGAAAGUGACAAGCUUCAGAAAUAUUCCUGUGAUAUCUGCCGUAAUAAAUGCGUUACACCAGGUUCGCUGGCUCAACACCUCCUGAGCAAAAAACAUAGACAUCAGCUGAAGUUAAGUAAAUCCCAGGAGCCGAACGUUGCAAACCGAUUGAGCUCCUUCAUGAAGGCCCACAUGAACGAAGACCCCAUUGUGGGCCUGGAAUAUAUCAUAGAGAGCAAGAAGGACUCAUCAUAUACAUAUACCUGCCAGCUGUGCGGCUUGCUGAUUUGCCCCUUGCCGACCAUAGUCGCCCAUAUCAGUCAUUCAAAACACACUAAAUGUUAUAUUAGUAAACAUUUUCCUCACUUAUUACCCCAAUUCGAAAAAUUCCCCAAAAAAGAUAAUGUGAAAAGUGUGAGAGAUGCUGCAGUAACGAUUCUGGAACUGCAGGGGAAUAAGAAAGAAAUUCAGGAAGUGCUUCCUGAGAAUGACGGUAAAAUGAGGGAAGCCUCUGAGGACACCCCACCAUCCAAACCGGAGAGUGACGGUAAAAUGAGGGAAGCCUCCGAGGACACCCCACCAUCCAAACCGGAGAGUGACGGUAAAAUGAGGGAAGCCUCCGAGGACACCCCACCACCAUCCAAACCGGAGAGUGACGGUAAAAUGAGGGAAGCCUCGGAGGACACACCACCAUCCAAACCGGAGAGUGACGGUAAAACACAGGGAGCCUCCAAGGACCCUCCACCAUCCAAACCUGAGAGUGACGGUAAAACACAGGGAGCCUCCAAGGACCCUCCACCAUCCAAAUCUAGGAGUGACGGUAAAAUGAGGGUAGCCAUCAAGGACCCUCCACCAUCCAAACCUGAGAGUGACGGUAAAACACGGGGAGCCUCCAAGGACACUCGACCACCCAAACCUGAGAGUGACGUUAAAAUGAGGGUAGCCAUCAAGGACCCUCCACCAUCCAAACCUGAGAGUGACGGUAAAACACGGGGAGCCUCCAAGGACACUCCACCAUCCAAACCUGAGAGUGACGUUAAAAUGAGGGUAGCCAUCAAGGACCCUCCACCAUCCAAACCUGAGAGUGACGGUAAAAUGAGGGUAGCCAUCAAGGACACCCCACCAUCCAAACCUGAGAGUGAUGGUAAAACACGGGGAGCCUCCAAGGACACUCCACCAUCCAAAUCUAGGAAUGACGGUAAAAUGAGGGAAGCCAUCAAGGACACCCCACCAUCCAAACCUAAGAGUGGAAAUCUUUCUCAAUUAAAAUUGAGUCCAUUACCAUAUCAGGAGAAACGUAAAAGUUAUCGCUACAAUAAGGUGCUCCAAAAAUUUAAUAGCAAUGACCCACCUUUAGCCAAGAGGAGCAGGCGUUGCCCUGGCGGUGACUGGGAUGUCUUACCCUCAACAGCGCACACUUCAAAGCAUGAGAGCUCACACUAUAAUAAGAGCCAUGCCAUUAGAAGGGAUUGUCCAGCUCCACAGGAAUUAGAGUUCAGAACAAAUGAUGAAUUUUUUGAAUAUUUUGCUAAUUUUGUGAUCUCUAAUGAUGAAGAUGUCGUCUUUAUUCGGACGAUUACCCAAAACUGCAUUAAGGCAUUGACACGCUUUAAGCAAGAAGAAAUAGAGAGGCGGAAGACCAGUCAUUAGCCUGAGGCUCCAUUGGAGGACACAAGCAGGACUGCCCGAGAAAUCCGGGUAUUUUAGAGGACGAAACACAAUCGCAUUCAUCAAAUUCUGAAACUUCGUUGCUCAAAGACCACUCAAAUCCCCCAUCGGACCCCAUCCCUAAAAAUUAAGCCACCAACUUAUUUUUCAACAGUAUUUAAGUGGUUAUAAACCUUUGAAAAAUGGAACCCCCCCCCCCCCC